AUGGAUGCUUUAAUACCGGUUCUAAAUAAACUACAAGAUGUUUUUAAUACUGUGGGAUCUGAGUCCAUUCAACUUCCACAAAUUGUGGUUGUUGGCUCUCAAAGUGCCGGUAAAAGUUCCGUUCUCGAAAAUCUUGUUGGUCAAGAUUUUCUUCCACGCGGUGCUGGAAUAGUUACCCGGAGACCAUUGACAUUACAAUUAGUAUACACUCUACCAGAAGACAAAGAAAUGCAAUGUAAUCAUUUAGGAGUACCAGUGCCUAAAGAAGAUGAAUUUGCAGUAUUUACACAUAUUAAAGGAAAAGUUUAUACAGAUUUUAACGAAGUAAGACAAGAAAUAGAAGCUGAAACAGAUCGUAUUGGAGGGAAAAAGAAUAUCUCACAUGAACCAAUCACAUUGAAAAUAUAUUCACCAAAAGUUGUAACACUAACACUUAUUGAUUUACCAGGACUGACAAAGAUACCAGUCGAAGAUCAGCCAGUUGAUAUUGAACAACAAGUACGAGAUCUAAUUAUGCAUUACAUAACAAAUCCAAACUGUAUCAUCCUUGCAAUAACACCGGCAAAUGUCGAUUUUUCAACAUCGGAAGCUGUCAAAUUUGCAAAAGAAAUAGAUCCGGAAGGUAGGCGUACACUAGCUGUUUUGACAAAACUGGAUCUUAUGGAUCGUGGAACAGAUGCCUAUGAUGUUCUUUGUGGACGAAUUGUACCCGUUAAAUUAGGAAUUAUUGGCGUUGUCAAUCGCAGUCAAGAGGAUAUUCACAAAAAAAAACCAAUUGAAGAAGCUUUACGCUAUGAGGCAGCAUUUUUACAAAAAAAUUAUCCUUCUAUAGCAAGUAGAAAUGGAACACCAUUUCUUGCAAAAACAUUGAAUAGACUAUUGAUGCAUCAUAUUCGUGAAUGUCUACCAGCAUUAAAAACGCGUAUAAAUGUGAUGGUAUCACAAUUUCACACAUUAGUCAGUUCAUUUGGUGAACCUAUCGAAGAUAAGGGUAGAUUAUUACUUCAAAUUAUCACUAAAUUUGCUUCAUCUUAUUGUGCAACGAUCGAAGGAACAUCAAGAAAUAUUGAAGUUGCUGAACUGUGUGGAGGAGCAAGAAUCUGUUAUAUAUUUCACGAAACAUUUGCACGAGCAUUAGAUUCAUUGAAUCCUUUAGACACUUUUGAAUUAUUAGUAAAACGACAAAUUAAACGUUUGGAAGAUCCUAGUCAACGAUGUGUCGAACUUGUGCAUGAAGAAUUACAACGUAUUAUUCAACAUUGUGGAGCUCAGCAAGAAUUUAUACGUUUUCCAAAAUUACAUGAAAAAAUAGUCGAUGUUGUAACACAUUUACUUCGAAGACGUUUACCAGAAACAAAUAAAAUGGUUGAAAAUCUUGUCGCUAUUGAAUUAGCUUAUAUAAAUACAAAACAUCCAGAUUUUCACGAAGCUGGUCUUAUUCAUAAAGCAUUGACAGGUGGCGAUUAUCGAACAGAAGUUCAGCAAUUACAACAACAAAAAGAACAACAAAUACAACGAUCAAGAGAAACACCUAGAGAAAAAGAAAAUCGAAGUAUUGAUGAAACAAAAUUGAGUCGAACAAUAUUAAAUCAUAUUAUAGAUGGAGAAGUAAACGGUAUUCAAGAACCAAACGGCUCCACAUCGUCUCCUUACACAUCGAAUGCUGCUGUCACAUCUAAGAUACCUUCUUCAACAAUCACAACAAUGUCACCAGCAGGCGAAGGAACAACGAUUAAUCCUAGAAAAUUAUCACCACGAGAACAACGUGAUUGUGAAGUUAUUGAGCGUUUGAUACGUUCGUAUUUUUUAAUUGUGAGAAAAAAUAUUCAAGAUAGUAUACCAAAAGCCAUCAUGCAUUUUUUGGUAAAUUUUGUCAAAGAUAAUUUACAAUCUGAAUUAGUUGCAGCGUUAUACAAAACUGUUGCAGACCAAGAAUUAUUAGAUGAAUCUGGACAUAUCGCAGCAAGACGGAAAGAUGCACAAGAAAUGCUUGAAGCAUUACACAAGGCAAAUCAAAUAAUAAGUGAAGUACGUGAAACUCAUCUUUGGUAA